GGGGGGGGUUCCUCCAUUUUGUUUGGGGUGUCGAAAGGAGAGGGUUGAAGAGGGCUGCAGUACUGGGGGUGGUGGGUGCAGCCAGUAUUCGCGUUUUGUCUAGUUCUGUCCGAUCUGGUCCUGUGUGUUCCGCGCCCCCGCUCGCCACUUCUCGAGGAGGGAUCGUCGUCGUCGCUGUCUCCCGGAGCUCGGAGACGCUGGGACUUCUCCUCCCAACCUGGGUGCCGAGGAGACUCCGAUGUUGAACUCAGUAGAUCAGCCCAUGAAAACUUCCAUACUCAGACAAAGAAACGGAUCUGGCCGAAAACAAUACUUACUAUCUUGGGCCUGGCAGCAGGGAAGAAGACAAGUGGUGGAAAUCUUACAGUCUGCAAAGCGGACUGAAAGGUGACAUAGAAGCUGGAGAUGGGUGGUGGGGAGAGAUUCGACAUUCCAGUUUCCCAAUCUAGAAAUGUUAGUAAGAACCAACAGCAGCAACUUAAUAGGCAAAAGAACAAGGAUCAGAAUUCCCAGAUGAAGAUUGUUCACAAAAAGAAAGAAAGAGGACACGUUUAUAAUUCAUCUGCAGCAGCUGCAUGGCAGGCUGUGCAAAAUGAGGGGAAGAAUGGGCAUUUUCCAAAUAAUCAAAAUUGGAAUUCUAGCUUGGCGAGUUCUAAUUUAUUUUUGAAAUCCCAAACUAAUCAGAACUACGCUGGAGCGAAAUUUAGCGAGCCCCCAUCACCAAGUGUUCUGCCUAAACCUCCCAGUCACUGGGUUCCAGUAUCCUUGAAUCCUUCUGAUAAAGAAAUCAUGACCUUUCAACUGAAAACUUUACUUAAAGUCCAGCUGUGAUGUGCUGAUGGUGAAAUGUUUAGGGCUUCAGAUGGUUUAGAGGAGCAAAUCAAGUCCUAAACAGAAACAUUUCUUGGUUAGGGAAAUUCUAUCUUCUCUCUGUGCAGCAGCUAACUGAUGAUAGUGGGCAAUACUUGAUGUAAAGGGUCAUUUUUCAUUUAUAUGUGAGCCUUGUGACGAGGAUGAGAAGGCAGUUUGAAAUAUUGUCCAUUUUUGGACUUGAUGCCAAUUUCAAUUGAACAGCAGCUCUCCAAGUUUUGAACUUGAAAUCAUAGUUGAAUUGUAAAUCAGGGUUAACGUAUGGUAUAGAUUCACAGGCUUUUCUUAAUUAGGGGAAAAUAUGUAUUAUAAAUCAUGUUUCUAGGCAAAAAACUACAAUGGUGCAGUGGAACAUUUCAUGUGCGGCAGUCGCAGAUUUGUGAUUUCUGGAAAAGGAGCUAAGUCACCCAUAUUCCAUUGUGGCUGGGCUAGAUAAAGUUGAGCACCAGCCACAUGUAAUGGGAUGCAAAUAGAAACCACAACAGCACUGAACUGCCAAAUCCAAUGUGAACUUUCGGGGAUAAAUGGAUAGAUGUGUGAUAGGAAUCAAUCCUUGGCAAUGAAUCAAGGAGGGGAAUGCCAGUCAGUAAGGUGGUCCUGAAAUCCAAGGGACUUGUGCUUGAUGACAUUAUGUAGGGAAGGUUGGGACUGGGUAGGGCAGAGAACAUUGCCUUAGUACCUGCCUCGUCCCUUAAGGGUGGGUUGCUGGUAUUCGUGUGAUGGCGACAUCCCCUUAGGAUAGACAAAAGUAUUUUUUGUGUCAGGAGAAUGUGCUAGAAAGCUUCGUAAAGAUAUUCUAAUCUUUAUUCAGUAUUUAGCCACAUUGUUUUCACACAGUUUUCAAAAUGCAUCAAGGCACUGGGAGAAUUGCUCUGAUUCCUGUGAGAGUUCUAAAGUAGAAUAGUAAAGUUGUAAAUAACCUAGGAAAGAGCCAUGUAAAUAAAUGUAAAAUUUGUAGCAUAUGUAAAUUUUUGCUGGCCUUUUCUUCAAAAAGUAUUUUUUAAUACAGAAUUGCUCAAUAUAAGACAGACCUUGGACAAGGUCUGGUUUUAGAAGGAUCAAGAUAUAUUUUUUAAAAGAAAGCAGUGUCCUUGCAUUAAGUUGCUAGUGCUACAUGUUUCAAUUCAGCUGGAAACUGUCUUGCAAGAGACUAACUUAGAGCUAUUAGGAAAAAACCCAGAACUUCUAAAGCUGCUAAGACACAGAGUGCUCUUAUUUUGAACACAUAAAAGAAUGUUUGAAUAAGAAUACUAUUAAAACAGGCCUAAUUAUUUUUUCAAAAAACCAAACAAAACCAAAAAAGUCAACAAGAAGAUGAUUUUGAUUGAAUGACAAUCUCUUACUAAAGGGUCCCUUCUCAGAAAACAAGGUGCACUCCCUUUGGCCUUUUCGGAUCAAUGCUUUGAACUAAAGACCAAUAAGAAAAUGACAGACAUUUUGUUUUUUCCAUAAAGCUAGUGGAACACUCCUGAGAAAUUGUUACAUCAGAUUUUCUGUUUUUGUUUUACUACACAGAUGUGUUAUUUUGUAACAUUUUACAGCCAGGAACAAUAUGAGCACUGAUUUAAAAAAACAAAAAAAAACCCUAACCCAAGAAUGGUUUAAGAAAGGGAAAAAAUUGAUUUUUAAACAGUAACUUGUCUAGAAAAAUGUUUACAAAAAAAAAAUGAAAGCUCUCCCAGUGUUUUUAGUUUGUUUUUAAAAAACUGAUUGGUAUAUUGAACACAUUUUGCUUUUCUCCAAGGAGAAAUACUUUUAAGAACAGAUGUCCAGAUACAUUUGGUGUUUGAUCAACUUUUUUGAAGUACUUGUAUAAGUAUGUGAAUUGGAAACAAAACUGAAAAUAAAAUGAUUUCUCCCCUAA